UGAUUUUUAUAUAACGAAUCAUGAUUUAAAAUUUUAUGUUUUAGUAUAGAAAUAUGGUUACUUUAAAUAAGUUUAGUCAAAGUUUAUUUAAGAGGGCUGAUAGUAUUAUUUGUUGUUGUGGAAAAUGCUAUCCUGCGUCUAUUGUUUCUCCAAUAUGUACUAUAAGAAUAGAAAGGACGGAAUAUUUAUUAGAUGAGCCAGUUCCUUCAAGUUUGGAUUUAAAAGGAAUUGAUGACAUGACUUAUUGUGAAAUAAUGGAACCUAUUAAGCGUAUGGAGAAAUUAUGUCAUUCUGGAAAAAAAUGGUUGAAAACUUUUAAUGGCAAAAAAAAAGGUUUUGAUAACAUUUUUCGGUUUCAAGAUUACGUUACUGAUAAUUGUUUAAAUAUGGAAAAUAGGCCAAAAUCAUCAAUAAGUCUUUUCAAAAUAAAAAUACCGGUAUCAAUCCUUCGCUAUAGACGUUCUUGGCCUAAUCAUAAAAAAAACAAUUAA